AUGGGUGCCGUACCGAUUGUCAUCAACAUCAAGGCCUGCCCCCCUGAAAAUGGCGUCGACGUGAUCGAGGCCGAGAACGUCAUUGGAGGGGGAAUCCACAAAGCCAAGGAGCGUCGGCUGCUCAACUGGGACGUCGUUGAGUGUACCGACGCCAACUUUGGUCGUCUCAGGGUCCAGAAUGGAUGGUCGGCACUGUCCGAUGUCAAGGAUGAAUUCCUCACGGAUGGGCUUCAGAAGGAGCACAGUCAAGAUCCUGUCGUUAUGAUCAAGGUUGAAAAUCUUGACCACGCAUGGACUCAAGAGCAAACUUGGGGGUUCGAAGAGAUUGACGGCAUCAGACGUUAUGUUCGUAAGAUUGUUGUGACGAAGGAAGGCAAGCGGGAGACGGCCCGCCUGGUGUUCGAUUAUGAAUUAGCCUAA